AUGACGUUGGGGGACGUCUGGAAGCAACUAUCUUGGUUCUACUAUCAGUAUAUUCUCGUCACGGCUCUAUAUAUGUUGGAGCCAUGGGAGAGGACGAUCUUCAAUUCGCUGCUGAUCUCCGUUGCAGGCAUGGCUGUCUACACUGGCUAUGUGUUCAUGCCCCAGCACAUCAUGGCUAUCCUGCACUACUUUAAAAUGAUCCAAUGACAGAUGUCCACUCAGUGCCCUGAUCUAGAGCUUACCAGCCCAUGGCUGGCUGGCUGUCCAACUCUUUUCAUACAUCUGUGGUGUAAAGGACAGGUGGACCAACACAUUCCCUUGGAUUUUAUCUGUCGUCACCAUGGAAACAUGAACAGUGUUCUAAAACAAGUGGAAGAGAGGGGUUUCUAUUGGAGAGAUGGAACAUCUGAUCUUAUUGGACAUUAAAACCAUUAUUGUCUUAAUGCAUGGUAAACAAUGUGACAGGUUGGUUACUAUUUGCACAUCUUGUGAAAUGUAUAUUUUGUUUUAUUUUAUAAAUAGCACUAUAUCUGUAAGGUUUUGUAGUAGAUAUAUUCAGUUACAACAACUACUCAAUUAGUUUUACGACCAAGCGAUCAUCUCAGACUGGAUGACUGUGACUGGAGCACCUCUAAAAUGAGCUAUAUAUAAGAUAUAAUUUAUCCUUGAAUACACUAUAAUGUCAGCUAUUGAUUGACCAAAAAUAUGCAACAUAAUCUUUUGAAAUGAUUGUCUCCAACAUUUUUCUUUUCUUUUGAUGGUGUUUAAUGGGAUGAAUGUUUGAUUAAACAAUUUUCUUGUGA